GACUCUCAGGAUUCCUCGACGUAGUCACAACAACAAAAACACUUCCUUCAAAAUGUUUGUGAAGUUCGUCGUAUCCUUCGCCUUGGUAGCCGUGGUGUGCGCCAGCAACGACCUGUCCAGCUUCUCGUACAGCGUGGCGGACCCCUACACCGGCGACUUCAAGCACCAGAUCGAGAACCGCAUCGACAACAACGUGCAGGGCCAGUACUCGCUGCUGGAGUCGGACGGCACGCGCCGCACCGUGGACUACGCCGCCGGAGCCCAAGGCUUCAACGCCGUCGUGCGCAAGGACCCCGCGCUCAUCGCCGCCGCCCCUGCCAUCUCCUACGCGGCUCCUGCCAUCUCCUACGCGGCCCCUGCAAUCUCCUAUGCGGCCCCUGCCAUCGCUACUAAAGCUUUCGCCGCCCCUAUCUCCUACGCCGCUGCUCCUCUGAGCUUCGCCAAGUUUGGAGCCAUCAACUACGCUACUCCCUUCCCCUACGCCCGAUACUAUUGAAUCAAGACUACCAACUGCCUGUGAAGAAAUUGUAAAUAUUGGAUAUGUAAAUAAAAUUAUGUAUUUCGAGACUUUCUAGUGA